GUAUGAACAGAAACUACGUCUGCCCAUAUACUGAGAUACAUAUUUACACACAUACAUGUCACUCACAGCCCCACCAAUCUGACGGCAAUCAGAGGAAAAGGAAGUUCAGACAAAGGCACAGCGACCAAGAGGAGACAGAUUGGUCUUUGUGACCUUUAAAUUCGAAAACUCCCUGUCUGGGCUUGGUUGAAUUUGCUCUGUGAACGCCUCAUUUUGUGGGUUUUUGUAGAGGGAGAGAUGGAGAGUGGGAAGAGAACAGAGGCUGGAUCGUCUUCGGGUACUGUUGUUGUUGGUGAUGGAAACAGAGAAAAGAAAGUAGAAGUCGAAGUGACCGAGAAACAGGGGGGCGAGGACGAGGAGGAAGAGGCGUCCGAUGAUGCAGAGAAUGAUGGCGGCGGCGGCACCAUUGGUGAAUUUGUUCCCAGCCCUCUCGUGCCUCUCAAAGACCAGAUUGAGAAAGACAAGGAGGAUGAGAGCUUAAGAAGGUGGAAAGAGAAGCUGCUUGGCUGUGUGGAAGGCGACUUAAAUGGACAAAUGGAGCCUGAAGUUAUAUUCCAUUCAAUAGGGAUCAUAUCUGAUGAUUCUGGGGAAUUUAGUGCUUCCUUGCCUAUUGAUGAAAGUAAGAGCAGCAGGGUGCUUUUUACUCUGAUGGAGGGGUCUGAGUAUCGUCUCAAAUUGACAUUCACUGUUCUCCACAACAUUGUCUUGGGUUUGGCCUACACAAACACAGUGUGGAAGGGAGGACUCCAAGUUGACGAGAGUAAAGGAAUGUUGGGCAGUUUUGCUCCUCAGAGAGAACCCUACGUGCAUACCUUGGACGAGGAGAUCACUCCAUCUGGUGUACUUGCAAGAGGAACAUACUCUGCGAAGCUUAAGUUUCAAGAUGAUGAUAAAAGAUGCCAUAUGGAGCUCAAGUAUUCUUUCGAAAUAAAAAGAAGCAACUAACCGGAUCAACUGGGAUUUUUUUUUUUUUUGUGGCCCUUUUCGGGUGUCGCCGUGUUGUUUCUUCCCUUUAUCCAUGAACUGCAGAGAGUUCUGGAGCCAUUCCUUGUAGGGUGUGUGAAAGAUGGACUUGGGACUUGUAUCCUUCUUUGCUUUUACUUGUUUUGUUUGGUGGACAUUCCAUACUCACAGAUAUAUGGUUGCUCAAGUGUUAAAAACAUUACUAUGUGACUUCUAUGAAGUUAAUGAGAAGUGCAUUUAAUGAUGGUUUCAUAAAAUGAAGUGGAAAGAGCUCACCUGCUUAGCAGCCAGUUUCAUGUACUCUUCUAAUGUAGUGCCGAAACUCAGGUGCCCUG